AUGUCGAAGCUGGCGGAACUCAAGAAGUACACGGUUGUCGUGGCAGACACCGCCGACUUCUCGCUGCUGGCGAAGUUUAGACCGGAGGACGCCACAACGAACCCGUCGCUUGUGCUCGCCGGCAGUCAGCUGCCGCAGUACGCCAAACUUAUCGACGACGCGGUGGCAUUUGCGAGGGAGAACGUCGAGCGCCUGCGCGAGGGACUGGCGCCCGGCGCCGACGAGAAGGCGCAACUGCUGGAGCUGGCCGUCGACAAGCUGACGGUGAGCUUCGGGGUGGAGAUCCUGAAGGUCGUCCCCGGGCGCGUGAGCACGGAGGUGGACGCGCGGCUCUCGUACGACACGGCGCGGAUGGUGGCCAAGGCGCGCCACCUCGUGCGGCUCUACGAGGAGUGCGGCUGCGCGCGGUCCCGGCUGUACAUCAAGCUGGCCACCACGUGGGAGGGCAUCCAGGCGGCCCGCCAGCUCGAGGCGGACGGCAUCAACUGCAACCUCACGCUCCUCUUCUCCUUCGGGCAGGCCGUUGCCUGCGCCCAGGCCGGCGUCAGCCUCAUCUCCCCCUUCGUCGGCCGCAUCCUGGACUGGUACAAGGCCCACCACCCGGCGCAGGCCGACAGCUACGUGGGCGCCCAGGACCCCGGCGUCGUCUCCGUCACCCGCAUCUACAACUACUACAAGCAGCACGGCUACAAGACGGUCGUGAUGGGCGCCUCCUUCCGCAGCGCGGGGGAGGUGCUGGAGCUGGCGGGCUGCGACAAGCUGACCAUCUCCCCUAAGCUGCUGGAGGAGCUCGACGCCGCCACCGGCGCCGUCCCACGCAAACUCGACCCGGCGCACCUCACGGAGACGACGGAGAAGUUGCCGGAGUUCACGGGGCCGGAGUCACUCUUCGCGGGGGAGCCCAACACGAUGGCGAAGGACAAGCUCGAGGAGGGCAUCCGCGGCUUCGCGAAGGACACGGAGAAGUUGGAGGCGCACAUCGCAACACUGCUGUAG